AACAUAAAGGAUUACCUGAUUAAAGUCAAGUUGCAAGAAAACAACGUUUCUCUUUCGUCAUUAUAGCAUCCACUAGCGGAAAGCGCGCCUAAUAGCACGAGAUGUACGUUGUGCGAUUGAGGUUAGAGUCUCACAAGAUUCAAAUUUUAUAAUAUCCAUAUAACAUAAAUAAAACAAUUGUUGUGUAACCACGCAACAUUGUAGUUACAUCACUGUUCGGUUAUUGUAACAUACAAAUAACGGAGUAAUAUUAUAGCUUCAUAACUUUGUUACAUCACAUAUAUGUAGUAAAGUUUCGUAACUAUAAUAUAAAUAGAGUGUAACAUCUGUUACAUUACAUGUUACUCCCACGUUAUAUUGCAUUUAUAUUUGGUGUUUGCUGGGAAGUAAUUUUAAAACGCAUUAUUUUAAAUUAGAAUAUCGUAAUUUUUAAAAAAUUAUCUUAAAGUAAAAAUAACGAAACAAUCACAAUUUAAACACAAAAAUAAGUUAAACCAAUAAUAAUACGUAUGCCAAAUUCAAAUUGCCGCAACAAGAUGGCGGUAUCUGGAGCACAUUUUUUAUUGGUUGUUAGAUUGGUUAUUUUUAGGUUGCACUCAUAUGUGCAAGAGCACACCUUUGUGGUCUGUUCUUUCUAGCUGCACUGUUGCACCGGUGCUAUAAGUUAAAGUAAGACAAGUAUAUUUUUUCUCAUUCUAAUUUAUUGCACCAGUGCAACAGUGCAGAUAGAAAGAACAGACCAGUAUUCUUCCACCAUGUGCUGACCGAAUCGUCCCUCCAGCGAACAGAGACGGGUGCCUUAAGGAAAAGAAGAAGAUAAAUUAUAUUUGUUAUAAUGUUAGGAAAACUUCUCUAUGAAUUUCCGAAUAUUUAUCGUUAUAGAUUGGCAACUGAACUAAAGUUUGCAAAUACGUUAAAACGCAACGUUAAACGCGAAUAUGGAACGACCGAUUUACAUGCCAAAGCAAACACCACAUCCGUAGAUGAGGAACUGCAGGAAAUUUUUAAAUUCAAGGAUACUAACAUUAGCAAUUGGAUCAUAGAGAACAGGACACGUGCAUUCUGCGUUCGAUAUACAGAAAGCAACAAGGAUAAUCGCCAGCAAAUUUUGCGUACAUUAGCUUCACGGUAUGCUGUACAACACGACAAUAUAUACCAAGUAGCCAGGAAAUUAGUUUGCACCGAGCUUGAAAAUGAACGACAGAUGAUCAUUUACGAGAGAACUUUGAAAAACAUCCUUAUGCCUGCUUAUCACUGGUUAUUCGUAAUUAUGGGAAGAUUGCAGCAUGGUGUCAAGUUCUUGGUCGAUCUAAGAACCGAUGUUCUGGAAAUGAUGUCAGAAGUAAAGGAUACUGAUGAAAGUGUAGUAAUACAACAACUAAAUCAUACUUUGCGAGAUUUGCUCUUACUCUGGUUCUCCGUGGGUUUCCUACAAAUGGAACGAAUAACUUGGGAAAGUGCAUGCGAUAUAUUGCAAAAAAUCUCUGAUUAUGAAGCUAUACAUCCUAUAAGAAAUUGGUUAGACUUAAAACGCAGAGUUGGACCAUACAGAAGAUGUUACAUAUUCAUGCAUCCAUCAAUGCCGAGAGAACCUAUUGUUGUGUUGCAUACGGCACUAUGUGACGUUAUACCAGACAGCAUAAAAGGCAUUGAAGAAGCUGAAACUAGAAUUUUAGGGGGUACAAAAAGAUAUAUAACAUUUUUAGAAGAAGAUAAAUUAAAAAUAAAAGCGGCAAUAUUUUAUUCUAUAGUAUCUACGCAAAAAGGAUUACAGGGAAUUGAGCUCGGUAAUUAUUUGAUAAAAAAAGUAGCCAACGAGAUUAUAACCGAAUUCUCAGCUGUACAACAAUUGUCCAGUUUGUCACCAAUACCAAAUUUUAAAUCUUGGCUAUUUGAUAAAUUGAAACAAGAUGCAACAUUUAUAUUUACUACGAAAGAACAUAGAAUUGCAAAAGAUAUUUUACAAACGGAAAGUGUGAUAUCAACUUUAAAAAAGAUCCUGGGUACUUCAUUAUGGAUAAAAGAUAAGCAACUGUCAGAAUUUUUAAAGGAACCGCUACUUCGAGCAUGCGCAUGGUACUUAUAUAAAGAGAAAAGACGUGGCUAUGCUUUAAAUACAGUCGCUAAUUUUCAUUUACGCAAUGGAGCUGUGAUGUGGCGAAUAAAUUGGAUGGCUGAUCUUUCGCCGCGUGGAAUGACCAAUAGUUGCGGUAUAAUGAUCAAUUAUAGGUAUUUCUUAAAAGAUUCUGAGAAAAACGGUCAAAAUUACAUUGAACAUUUCAUUAUAAAUGCUACAGAAGAUAUAAUUAAUCUCGCGGCACAAGCGGAGAAGUUAAGAAUCGACAAAACAUAAUUGUGAAAGAAUUAUAUGAGAAUGUAUAUAUAAACGAAAAAAUGUUAUUAUGAUAAGGUAAUAAUAAUGAUGACAAAUGAU